AUGUCUUCUCUAAAGAGAAAGAGAACAUCAGCUUCUCGCCCUCCAAUCACACCUCGUACCUCCGGGCGACGACUGGGCCACAGGGCGCCAUCAAGUCAAGCUCCCAGCAUUUCAAGUGGUCCUCCUAAAACCCCUAUCUUUUCAUCAGCAACUCAAUUGCGCACUCCGUUUCCUACAGAUACCAGGAUCGAAACAGAUCGGUCAGUGAGGGCUACUGAUGAUGAUUUCGAUGACCAUGUCAUUGCUGCUAUCGACAUGAAGGACCAUGGAACUGUGGGGUGCUCAUACUACUCAGCCGAAGAAGAAAAGAUGUAUCUGCUCGGUGAUAGCCGUUCAGGGGAUAUAGAGACAAUCGACGCUCUGCUCCUCCAAAUAAAACCUACGGUGGUUUUGACACCUCCUCGUGUUGAUCUUAGUUCGCAGAAUCAAGAUCAAAACCUCGCACAAGAAGAUGUUUCUUCUGCCUACCUUCCUUACCAGAUAGACAUUCGUCCAACGCCGGAGUUCAGCUACUCCAAUGCGGAAAGCAAACUCCUUGCUUUAGAAAUUUCAUCUACGCACGAACAGAGAAUCCGGUUUUUCGUGCCUCAAAAUGGCCUUGCCGGACCGGAAGAAGUGGACCCAGAAGAGAUGGGGUUCACACUCCAAGAAGGAAGACUGUUGCACAUCUCAAGCUCCGUCGACAUGGAGAACCCCGUGACUAUUGGUUGCGCAGGAGCCAUACUCACCUACCUGCAGCGACGAAGAGCCGCAGCGCCUAGCCCCCUUGAAGAAGGAAAUGAGUAUCGAGUCCGAGCACUGCAGAUGUUCAAUCUACGGGAUACGAUGUGGAUCAACAGCAACACCUUCACCUCUCUCCAGAUUAUCCAGUCGGAGUCACAUCCCAACAUGUUUAACCAAGGGCCGGGGAAAAAGUCAGCUUCGGGCAAAGAGGGUCUUUCGGUCUAUGGGCUCUUCCAGCACUUUGCAUACACCCCUCAGGGUAGGGCAAGACUCAAGCAAACCUUUGUCCGUCCAAGCGUGGAUCUAGAUACAAUUCGCGAACGGCAUGAUUUUAUAGGAAUCUUUUCCCGCCCUAACAAUCUUGCUGCAUUGGAGAAGAUGACCAAAGCGUUGAAACACGUUAAAAACCUCAGGCCUGUCAUGGUCAAUCUUCGCAAGGGAAUCAGUACUGGCAGUGCUAAGAUUACUGGGUUCAAAACUACGGUUUGGGCUAGUCUUCUUGCUUUUGCGUUCUACUCUAUCGACAUUAAUGAUGCACUGCGGGAGGUCUCGGGCGCGCACAUACUGGCUCUCCGAAGCAAGGCUCUCAGAGUCUUUGAAGCAGCACAGCUCUACAGAGUUGGUCGUAUGGUUCAAGAAAUUGUCGACAUUGAUAACUCCGAAGAACAAGGAAGAACAGUGGUUAAGCAAGGAAUUGAUAGAGAACUUGACAAAAUCAAGGACAGAUACGAUGGUCUCAACAGUCUUCUCAAGCACGUUGCUCUCGACAUUGCCGCAACAAUCCCGGCGACCCUUGAUGUUGACGUCAAUGUCAUCUACUUCCCUCAGCUUGGGUUUAAUAUUGCCAUUCCACUCGGUGAUCAUGGCACCGCGGCAUAUGCUGGCUCUGAUGAUGAUUGGGAAUUGAUGUUCAUCACGGAGAACCGGGCUUAUUUCAAAGACUUCCGCAUGAGAGAGAUGGACGAGAAGUUGGGGGAUAUAUACGGUAUUAUCUGCGAGAAAGAAAUCGAGAUUGUGUACGACCUGGCUCAGAGAGUUCUCCGUUAUGAGAAUGUGCUCGUCGAUGCCUCUGAUAUUUGUGGAGAUAUUGAUAGUCUUCUCGCUCUCACACAAGCAGCCAGCUUCUAUAAGCUGACCAGACCACGAAUGGUUGAACAAAAUGUGAUCAGAAUCAAGGGUGGCCGGCACAUUCUUCAAGAAUUGACCGUUUCAUCCUAUGUGCCAAAUGACACAUUGCUCGUGGGUGGAAAUGACUCCGAGACCAAUGAUGCUGCUUCAUCCACAGAUUCCAAUCCAAGCAUGCUGCUCUUGACUGGACCAAAUUACUCAGGGAAAAGUGUCUAUAUCAAGCAGGUCGCUCUGAUUGUCUAUCUAGCACAGAUUGGGAGCUUCGUUCCUGCUGACAGCGCAGAAUUGGGAGUCACAGAUAAAAUCUUGACCAAAAUCAAUACCCAAGAGAGUGUCUCCAAGAUCCAAAGCACAUUCAUGAACGAUUUGCAACAAAUUUCUCUCUGCCUGAAACAAGUCACAAAUCGAAGCUUGGUCAUCGUCGAUGAGUUUGGGAAGGGAACCAACGAAAGCGAUGGCAUCGGUAUUGCCUGUGGCAUACUCGAUUACCUGCUGUGCCUCGAAAGACCCGCUAAAGUCAUAGCAGCAACUCAUUUCCAUGAGAUUUUCGAGAACAACUUCCUCGCUUUGCGGCCUCGACUCCAGCUUGGCCAUAUGGAAGUUCAAGUCUGCGAAGAAACCCAGGAAGUUGAGGACCAGAUCACGUAUCUCUACAACUUUCGUCCGGGGCGAAGUAACAAGAGCUUUGGUAUCAUUUGUGCGGCAAUCAACGGUAUCGACCCGGCUAUUGUAUCUCGCGCAAACGAGAUUGCGUCUCUUUCAGCGCGAGGGGAGAACAUUGUCGCGGCCUGUGCAGUUUUAUCUUCAGAGGAGAUGCAAGACCUAGAAGAAGCGGACUUCCUAGCGAGAGGUUUUCUUGAGGUUGAUUUCUCACAAGGUGGCUCAGACCAUGUCAAGGCAGUCUUCGAGGGAUUAUUCGAGUGA